AUGGAGUUGAAUGAUGUUGCGAGUAUUACGGGCAAAAUGAAUGAUCCAGGCCCAUCUCCGGAAACCGAAAUCGACAAUCCAUACAGGUAUAUUCUUGCGACAGAGGAGCCAAUAUUCUAUCGAUUUCUCAAGCUUCCUCGAGAGAUUCGUGAUAUGAUUUGGGACCACGCUGUCGACCGUUGUCUCUUCCUCGCCUACCUUUUCCAACGCCCCUCUCCUCUCUCAAGUAUGCCAAGAAUCAAAGCGGCUUGUUUAAGGAGAUACUCUACUUUCAGAGAUCCAGAAAGAUCUGAAUGGUCCAAGACGACUCUGCGUCUCUUGAAAAUAGACUAUGAAGCAUGGAUCGACUAUGAGCGUGACGUACUCCAACUGUCUUACAUGUCUUGCCAUUGGGCAAUGAAUGGGAAAUACAUGUGCAAUCUACCUUGUGUUAAUCAAGCUUGCAAAGAUUUAGUACUUCCAGUCAAAAUCCUUGGCAUUGAAGAACUUACAUUAUGGGAAUUGAUGGAUGAUUUUAUUGACAUAUGGAACAGAUUCGCUGAGAUCUGCCCACAAGUGACGCAUCUGAAAAUAAUCGAGAGGGGUGAAAAAUCAACUGAGCAGGAAAUACCUCAUAAGCGCUGCCUACAGCGCAUGACUAUGAAUGAUUUAUGCCCAGGCAGUUCAAUGAACCGACUUGCGAAGGAAAUGGACGAAUUCAUUGCUAAUCACGGGCCAUUGAGUUACGAGGUCGAAUUUGCCAAGUUUGCCCCCAACCCGGAGUUAGAGAAGAAGAUUGUGAAGCGCAAGAAACAAGGAGAAGAGGAGGCUUUUAAUGAAGCCACGCAUGGCCCAUUAAAUCAAUUUUAA